CAGCAAUCCCGAGGAGGUUGUUUAGUGCCGGGCUGCACCAAAGAAAUGAGAAGCAAGGAACCUUUGCUCUCAUAUCACAGAUUUCCGCAAAAGAAAAUUCACACAAAUGUUUGUAAACGGUGGAUUGAGGUUCUUCAUCCAAUUCUUCCUCCCGAUUUUAUGUCCUCCGAUCUCGAAAAGCAUACAAUAUGUUCCCGACACUUCAAGUCGACGGAUUUUCUUAUGAGGGAGAUGAGAAGAUCACAGCUCUUACCAACAGCAAUCCCUACCGAACAUCUUGACGCCACUUCACCUGUGAAGGACCCGCCAAUUGAUGUACGAAUAGCUUGCAACAUGUCACUUCAGGGAAGCCUAAAAGAUACCCGAAUAGCUGAAAGUGGGGCACGGUUGGAAAUCACGUGUCGGCUUUUGAUAGAGGGCGGCCACAGAGAAAUCCUUUGUGGUUCUUCUACUUGUGUCGUUACUCAAGACGGAAAGUUUCAAAGUGACUGUGAUCUCCUUCCCUGCGCGCUACCCGUCGCUUCGAAUGCUACCAGUUUCAAAGCCCUAACUCCUUUCUCUAUCAAUCGAGCACGUGAGGAGCAUAAUUACUCAAAACGUCCAACCGAAUCUAUUAAAGUCGUUCAGGCGCGUCAACAAUUACUUGCAAAGCGUUUACGGAAUGCCAAACUGUCUCUCCUUCGCCGGCGGAGAUCAGUGAAGAAAUUGAAAGAUCCCAUAAUUUGUUUUACGACAUGAAGGAAAAGGAAUUUCACGGCACCCUAAUAAUUAAGAAAAUCGUUAAGACGUAUAUUAGGACCAGAUUGUAUCAUGCUGGCAAAGAUUACCGAAUUUCUCUUGGGAUAUCUAGCCGGCAUGGGUUAAGCAAACAAAUUCUUUUUAACGGAGAUUGAUUUUGAUGUAUUUAGAGGGUAGAUUAUACAUAUGUAAAUAUUUAUGAGCUAAGCGUGUAACUAAAAAUUCACUAAUUAUUUAAAGACUUAACAACAUUUUGUCAAUAAAAUAAAAUUGUUUGGUUAAUAUGUUUACUUAGCUUGUGAGCCUGGUGCUGGGAGCAUUAUUGUUUUAUGUAGUCCGGGGCUCAUAAGAAUAAUUUAAGAUUUAAGAAUUUAUUUAUUUAGUGAAGAACCUAAUAUUAAUUACUUACUAUCUUUACGGUCAUGUUGAAAUUUGAUUGUCUCGUACACUUGUUGGUAAUAAAUAUCAAAUGUUUCCUUCACAUCUGAGUGCUGACUGUGUAUUGGUAAUAAAUAUCAAACGUUUCUUUUAAAUCUGAGUGCUGACUGUGUAUUGUUAAUAAAUAUCAAAUGUUUCCUUCACAUCUGAGUGCUGACUGUGUAU